AUGACUCUACGAAAGUACUCUAGACUCUGUCUACAAGCCACAUUGCGCCUAUUCUGCCCACCAUCUAGUGUCGGUUCCAAUAAGUUAGGCGGGCAGCAGAAAGUCCUGCGCAGAUUUCAUCCAUCCAAAAGAAGCGAUCAGGAUGGCUCAAAGAUUUUGCCCAAUUGGAAAAAAGAAAUCUUUUACCGAACAGGUUUGCAAUUAAAGCAUGUCCCAAAACCCGCGGUCGCCGAGGUAGUACCAAAAACUCUCUUGGGCUCAAAAAAGUUCCUCCAGGAUCUAGACUUGGGCCCGGUAACAUGGAUGGCAAAGAAAUGCUGUGGCGAUGAUGAAAAGAAAAAAUGUGCCGAAAUGGAACUUAAAAAGAAAUGCGACAAAAUAAAGAAAAAGAAAGGAAAAAAAGGAUGCAAAAAGGAGCAAAAGGACAAAUGCAAUGAAAUUGCAUUGCUAAGGAAAUGUCAAGAUUUGGCCAAAAGGAGCAAGUGCUGUGGACGUAAAAUGAGCAGAAAAGAGAAAAAACUGAAAAAACAAUGCGAAGAGAUGGAGACGAGGAAAAAAUGCGAAAAGAUGGAGGCCAUGAGAAAGUGUGAAGAAAUGGUGGCCAAAAAGAAAUCCGAAGAAAUGGCGGUUAAAAAGAAAUGUGCAGAAAUGGCGAAAAAAGAGGCGGAAGCUAAACAAAAGAAGAAAUGCCAGGAAGCGGAAAUGAAAAAGAAAUGCAAGAAAAUGGCCGACGAGAAGAAAAAGGCUCACGAGAAGAAAAAGGCCGACGCGAAGAAAAAGGCCGACGAGAAGAAAAAGGCAGAAGAGAAGAAAAAGGGCGGUAAAGACGGAAAGAAGUGCUGAAAGUCUUAUAAAGUCUAAGAUAUAAUUGUUUAUAUAAUAAACUAAGUUUGGUUUCCUUUGGUUUUUUAACUUAAA